CAACGAUGCUUAUUUCUCUGGCUCGAUCUGAAGACAAUAUCGAAACGCAGCUCCAGGACUACCUCUCGAUGCGCAGCCACAUCAAAAGCUUCGAUGCGGAACUAGAGGCACGACUAAAUAUACUAGAUGAGAUGUCUAGAGACGACCUCCGAAUGAAGCUUGAGGUUCUUCUAGUGUUCGACUUCGAGGGUGCUAUCUGUCUUAAGUCAUAGGAUGACUUAUCAGAAAUCCUGUUGAAGGCUAAAUCUUGUGAUAAUCUAUCAAUAUUCCAGGCAAUGGCUGAUUGUGUCCUUCGAGCCGAAUCUACCCCUGGACAAGUACUCUACUCUACACUUCGCAAGAUUAUUAACUACAUAUUUUCGCUUGAACGAUUCGAUAGCGAGAAGCUCGCUAAGUACCUACGAUGCCUUCUUAAAGCCACGCUUGCUUCAGACCCCGAAUUUCCCCUGAAGAUUAUGGAAGAUAUUUGUAGGCUUGUAAAACAAUGCGCAGACACUCAGAAACCAAUCCCAUCUCAAGAGGUCGAAUGGUUUGCAACGACCGCGUUCAACCACGGGGUAGACCUCUAUGGGGUCAACGAGGAUGAACUCAGUAGGAAGUGGGUUUCCCAUGCGCUCACAUUGGCACACUACCAUCAGGAUGGCGGCGACUUGGAGCGAGAGCUUCAAAAGAGGCAGAUAAGCCUCAAGUGGGACUCUUAGCGUUAUAUCGAGUCGCAAUAAUAACAAUGCCUAUAGCUUAGUCAGUCUGGAAUUAAUCGAGGAAUUUCACUCAUUUAUCAUGAUUCAUCAUUAGCUACGAGGACGAAGAUUGCUGCAUACCUAGAUCAACUAAUCUGAUUUCAUUCAUAUUCUCCGUUAUCGUCUGACCUCCUUGCUUAAGAAAGUUAGAAAAGCAAUGUUUCGUGAGAGUUGAAAGAGCAAUCAUGACGUCUUCGAUCCUGUCAGCUAUGCGCCAUACUUUCAGAAUAU